UAAACAUCCACCUUUUUGAAAUAGGAAUUUCAUUCUAGAACCAACUACUAAACCAAACCUCGCCCAUCCAAUCCAAUCCAUACUCUCUCCCUCUCUCGUUCUCAAUCCGACGCACAUGUAUGUAUAGUACAGAGUAAGAAAUCAGGAGAACACUCUCUCCCAUAUCAUGGAACUAAACACUCCAACAACGCCUCCCUCCACCACUCGGCUGGGAUGUGUGUCCCGAUGGAAGACACCGAGGACAGAUCCGGAUUCGGAUUGCUCGGAGGAGGGCGUAGAGGACGAAGAGGACGAAGAGGACGAAGAGGAAGAGGUGGACGAGGUGGACGAGGAUGUUCUGAGGGGAGUAUUUGCGGGUAUCGGACGAUUCCAUGUUGGGUCAGAGAAGUGGAACGUGCGGACGUGGGUAGGGUUGGGUGGCGCAGGGAAGUUGGCGGGAGAUGUUGGCUGUUGUUGUUGUUGUUGUUGUGAUGGUGAAGUUGAGUGGGAGGGUUUAGCUGUCCUGUCGCCCCGGCAGAAACGAUGGAAUCUCAACUGGUCCCCACCAACACCACUUGGUAUGCAAUCUCAUCGCAUCGUAGAAAUAUACUCCAACGUGUACGCCGAGGAGGGCGAUGAUGAAGACGUCGUACCCCGAUUGUAG